UGUUCAAAACUUCUCAUUCUCAACUUGCCGGUACAUGUCCAGUGUGGUGGGUGGUCGCAGCCCAUUCAUGAAUGGGGGUUCAAAAGGGUCCAGCGGGCUGAUAGUCGGUGCUGUCGUCCCUGCACAGACCCUGAUGAGCUGAGCGCCGCAGUACCUGUGAGCAUCUGAUGAUGGAGGGAACAGAGCUGCAGCCUGCCAAUACAUGUUUACUAAACUUCCCAAAGUUCCCGCUGUGGAUCAUAGAGCAUGUCUGGGCUCACAAGAUGAUGGAUAUACAGGAAGUAGUGGACCCUUCCAGUUGGCCAGAUGUAGACUCCCAGCCUCUGAGCCUUGAAGAUUCAUGGAGGCUGCGUGUUGCCUCUGCCCAGGUAUAUUCCAUCAUGAAGAACAGGGAUGUGGAGCACUUUGAGAGAGUGAUUGGCUUUCUGGAAGCCACUUACAGACUUCUUCCCAGACUCGUGGCUCCAAUCAAACACAUGAAGAUCAUGUUUGGCCUUAAGACCAUGGUCAUUAUGUGGAUGCUCAGGGAGGGCUGGGGAAUGGUUGAUACUGUGUUAAAAAUCAGUCAGUUCUUCCCAAGUAAACUGCCUCAAUACCAAGAUCAGUGUAGCCAACAUGAAAUGUUCCUAAUGAGGAAGAACCAUCUGGACUUCAAGGCUCUGGCACAAUCACUCGCUAUGGACAAGGACAAACUUGAAGACUACAUUAAGACUCAGAUGGAGGAGCGGUAUGGUGAACAUUAUGCCCAGAAAGUGGAGGACAGGCUGCUGCACUACCUACAUGAGCUGGAGACUGUGUUACCAGGAGAUACCUACAUUGAUAAGAUACUGAAGAAACAAAGUCCUGAGACUGAGGAGGAGAAGCUACUGUUGGAAGUAAUUGCCUCGGACUCCACAAACAUUGCAACAACUCUGAAGAAUCUGCUGCACUGUGAUGUUGCAUCAUGUCGUCCGAGGAGUAUUUCUCAGUCAUCAGCACGUGGAAAGAAUGAAGUGGAAAACUCUCUACUCUCAAUGGAUGAUCUGCAUAGCAGUUCUUCAAAAGCUCUCCUCAAGUCAAUGGAAGCUGAGACUCCCCCACAGAUUCAGCCAGAGGUUUUUCAGGAAGGAGGAGAGGCUGACCAAAAUGUGUCCAAAGACUUCUUUCUUAUACAGGAGAAUGACAGUAAAUCAGAUGUUAGCAGACAUCAACAAACUGAGGAGGAUGGCGAGGUGGUCAAGAGGGUGGAUGAAGAGAGCAGUGACAAGGAAAAGGAGGGAACCAGUCAGAGAAGCAGUGAUUGUACUCAAGAAGCUGCCUCCUCCCUUCAGUUCUGCUCCAAGCACCAGCGAUGGGUGAGGAGCAUCCUGCAGGAGUGUCCUGACGAGUGCUCAGAGGAGCUGCUGCUUCAGGCCAACGUUUCUUCUUCUCCCCUACUGUUCCAGUCGUCCUCAUCCACCACUUCAUCGCAGGACCGCACUCCCUCUGACCUCAUCGCAUCUCCCCCAGACCAACAGCAUCCACCUUCACAGACCUCCACCCUUCUUCAGUCAGCAGCCCGCACAUCUGAACAAGCAAACCCUGAAGAUGAGCAGAUCUCUGGAUCAGCAAGUGGUAUGUCUCAAACACUUCUACCACAACCCUCUUUGUCCAGAGACGCUCUUUUGCCUGCCCUGUUGUCGCCGGUGGUCCGACUGAUAGACAUUGCCUCCAUCAGAGGGGUCUGCCCUACCUUUGAACCCCAUCCAGCAUCUCUAAGACACUUCACCAGGUCUAGUAAAAAACAGGCAGCGUCCGCUUGCAGUCCUCAGGUACGACGCUCUCCACACUACCAUACCUCAGGGAACAAUGCCAUACCUCAAACAAUGAAAGACUCUACCUUCAACCCACCAGACACUGUGGUCUUGACAAAACCUCAGAACACAACAUACAAAGUACAAACAGCUCCUGUAUUCCAGGAUGCAUCUACCUCUACCAGCUUUCAACCUCCAACUAGCAAGUCUUGGUCCGAACUUUCAAGGAAGUUCAGAAGGGCUUGCACUUCCACAAGACAUUCACAAGUUCUUGACGAUUUUAGUCAAAACCCUUUACCUGAGCAGUUCGAAAAGGCCCUUACUAACUUUUGGACAAAUUGCCCGCCCUUAACCAACUUCAAUGUCUCUGGGCCUCCUAUUCAAGAUGUUUCUACCUCUUUGUCUCAUUCAGAGACUCUAUCCUCAGUCUGUGCUGCUACUGACAUGCCUUUAUCUACUGAAUCAUCUAGACAGGUUGUCCCUCAGAACUCCAGCAAUCCUUAUCCUCUUACACACAACAUAAGUCCUUUUCAACCAUGCUCCACUGUCGUCACUACUACGUCCAGCUCCAGUUGUCCUUCUGUCAGCUCUGAGACCAGCAGAGCCCAAAGAGUCCAGCUGAGGUUAUCACUGCCAAGUCAGGCUGUGCUGCUGCAAUCCAAUGUGCUACAGCCCUUUGUGACUCUUAUCAGACUGAGUGCUCAGGAGUGUCACAGAGUGACAAAGUGGAGAUCUUCCACCAGGCAUGUAGAGCCUGUGGUACAAGGCAGCAGUGAUGACAGUGAUGAGGACAGGAGGGAGGUGGAGGAAGAAGCUGCAGAUUCUUCUUUCGACUGGAACACUCUUUUCUCCAGUCACUCUUCAAGCAGUGACAGUGAGGACUCGCUUGUUUGCGACCCUGAUUACAAACCUCGCAUUAACAAGAAAAGACUGCUGUUAGAGUAUGAGGCUGCAAGGACUUUCAGUCAUAAAUGAGAACCUUUGAACAUACAGACUAUAGCCUGUCUUGUACUGGCUUUUUGACACCAUUACUUAAAAUGAUAUUUGGAGUUGUGGAAUGAGGUAGUGAUAUAUUUGCAAAGAGUACACUUUGCAACAAAAACACUAAAAUACACAGACAGACGGACAUUUUACAGUCUGAAAAUCAACUUGUCAGGGUUCUCUGGUGGAUUAACAUCAUUAUGGUGACACUCAGUUUCACAUUUCUGUACUGCAAGUCCUUGUUACUUAUUGUAAUAUAUACAUCUGCAAUACAAUGACACUGGAUGAUAUACUGGAUCUGACAUCAAGUCUGAGGUUACUGUUACUUUGUUCGACUUACCUCUUGAACAAUUGUUGAAUCGAGUGGGACUCAAGAUACAGGCAAACUGACAUUUUGAAAUGAAGACUUGAAUGUGUAAUUUUUAAGGCUGCAAUGAUAAAUAUAUUAAUGUGAACAACAGGUCAAAUGACUGUGUGUAAUGUGAAAGGGGUCGGUUGUACUGGUGAAUCCACAGAGAAUUAUGACCCAACUCUGCAUUUCCCCUCAGCUCUGUGGAGUGUUUUAGCAUCUUUGGAUUUAUUUAGUUUAACCACAAUCAACCCUGUUUCAAAGUUAGUUACUAGCAGGUGAAGAAGGUGGAGCCUGUAGCAGCCAACGAGACAUAUUUUUCUCAGAGGUAGGUAUUGUCUAAAGUAGAGCUAAAUGGAGAGUGACACAAAUAGGUGGACAUAAAUGCAUCCUCAAAUGAAUCCUAAUGUUGCUCUGUGUUCGUUGGUUGUGUAAAGAGAGGACAGAUGGUUAACAAGUUAGCCAUAUCAACUCUACAAGGCCAUGAUAUGU